AUGGUUCCUCGAGCCCUCGUGGUCGCUGGCAGGCCUCCACCACUUCUAUCGGUUCAUGAAUCGGUGAUGGUGGACGGUGGAACCGGGGGGAUUGCAGUUAAGGGACCAGAAUCAGAACAAAUCGUAAUUCGAAGCGAGAGAGAACGGUCGCCAACGAGACUGAAGAGAAGUCAUCACAAAGUGCGAACUGGAUGCGUCACUUGCAGGCGUCGAAGAGUCAAAUGUGACGAGACUCACCCUAAAUGUCGACGCUGUGCCAAAGCUGGCCGAGUCUGCGAAGGCUACACACAAGCCAAAGCAUGGCUGUUCGAACCUUCAUCUAACACCUCGCCUCCAGAUCUGGAGCUCGCGCCCAACAAAGCAUAUCCUGUCCAACUUUUCGAAGAAUCCGAUCUGAACCGACCAACGCAAUAUUUCCUUGAAUGCACCGCUCCUCGAAUUGCCUUUUAUUUCGCGGAAAUGAUGGAUUCGUUUGUUGACAACAAGGCAAUGGUGGCACAUUCGUCCGCACAGGCGUGGGAAUUUUGGAAUAGAUUGGUCAUACAAGCGAGCGAAACCCAGCCCUGUGUUCGUUACAGCUUAGCCGCCAUCAGUAGCCUGCACGAAUGGAUAGAACUCACCAAACGGACGCCGUGGCAAAACUAUACCUUUACUCUCCACUAUACCAAAGCUAUCACCAAGAUUAACCAAUGUCAUGGCAACCUCCCCGUCGAGAUCAUCCUCAUAUCCUGUCUUCUAUUCGCUCACUGCGAUUUCUUGAUGGGUGCCUCUGCAGCAGGUUUCGCUCAUCUCAAGUCGGGCUAUCGAAUCAUAUCCGAAAACCGGAAACGGUGCGUACAGUUGGCUCCAGAAAUCUCUGAAUUAAUAGAGCCCAUAAUCCAAGGCUUCGUUGCAAAAUCAGAAAACUACAAGCUGAGGGAGGAGACAGGUCCAAGGGCUAAUUUAUCUCGAGAAACAACUUAUGUCUUACCAGAGAUGCCUGAAAUAUUCGAGGACUUGACUCAAGCGAACAGGUCACUCCAGCAGGCAAUGUACUGGGUGCUUCUGCUCGAGUUGGGCCAACCAAAUCACCUGUCGACAAUGACUCCUGGAGUGCGAAAGUAUGUGACAGACUGGGCCACUGCGUUUGGUCGUUGGAAAGCGAGACUCGAAUGGGACGACCCCCUUCUUAAAGAUUGGCAGCUGCUCCUCCUAGCCCAUCACCGCAUGGCGUUGCUCAUUCUAAGAACACUCCCACCUGAAAAUGACCAAAGUUAUGGUCGGGCGGCCGCAGAUUUUCGAAUCAUGUAUGCACAGCUUCGAACCUUCUUACGUAGUGGAUAUAUCGACGCGGAUGAGAAAGAGAAUAGUCAUUUGGUCCUGAAAGUUCAUCUGGGGUUCAUUGCUCCGCUUUUCUUCAUUGCGACUCAAUGUCGAGUGCGCGACAUACGGCGAAAUGCUCUCGAGGCUUUACAGAAUCUCAACGUUGUCGAAGGUCACUGGAAUAGCUGUGUAGCAUACGCAAUCGCUAAGACCGCCGUCGAAGUCGAGGAACAAUACAACGAGACAAGCCCAAUGAAGUCUACUCGGAUCAAAAUUGAAAGUGUCGAUCGGUGGAGAGACGGAACCAUGACUAUGAAAUAUCACAAAGUGCCCGGAAAUGGAUCGGCUGACAGCAUUGCAACGAAGAAUAUUACGGAAGCCGCCUGUCAUCACGAUGCAAACAUGCAAUGGUACAGCUUCAUGGAUUUCAAGCAUCAGUCAAGCCACGAAGAUUAA